UUUUGCUUUCUUAUUUUCUUUCUCCAAAACCCUAACUUCCCCAAAUUCGCCAUUCCUCAUGGGCAAGCAAAGCAAAAAGAGUAAGAACAAGAGAGUGACACUGAAACAUAAAACUAAAGUACUUAAGAAAAUUAAAUUGCACCAUAUAAAGAAAGCCAAAGAGGCUAGGAAGGUUGUUGUGAACAAAAAACCCAAACUUGACAAAGAUGCGCCUAUCGAUAAUGACCAGCCGUUGAGUGAAGAGGAGCUCAAGGCUCUCGAGGCUAAACGCGCCAAGGCCCGUGAAACGUUUGAGCAGAAAAAGGCUGCCACGAAAGAAAUGGUUAGAAAGAGGAAAUUGGGGGAAUUGGAUGAUGAUGACGACAAUGAUGAUAUCACGAAUCUGUCUGAGCAAGUUUUUGCUAAACAGAAGGCUUUUGGAGAGGAUAAUGUUGAUGGUGAUGAUUUUACAGUGAUGAGUAAGACACGGGACAAUUCAGAGAGGUCUUUUUACAAGGAGUUGGCGAAAGUUAUUGAAACAUCUGAUGUUAUCUUGGAAGUGCUUGAUGCUCGGGAUCCAAUUGGUACCCGUUGUGGUGAUAUGGAGAAGAUGGUUAUGAGAGCUGGUCCAGAAAAGCAUCUUGUUUUGCUCUUAAAUAAAAUUGAUUUGGUUCCUCGUGAAGCUGCUGAAAAGUGGCUCAAAUAUCUUAGAGAGGAGUUGCCAGCGGUUGCUUUUAAGUGUAGUACUCAAGAGCAGAGGUCUAAUCUAGGGUGGAAGUCCUCCAAGACUGCAAAGAAGACGAGCAAUCUUUUGCAAACAAGUGACUGUCUCGGAGCCGAAACUCUUAUUAAGUUGCUUAAAAAUUAUUCAAGAAGUCAUGAGCUUAAAAGAUCGAUUACUGUGGGCGUAGUAGGCCUGCCGAAUGUAGGCAAGAGCAGUCUUAUUAAUAGUUUGAAAAGAUCUCAUGUUGCCAAUGUUGGUGCUACUCCGGGGCUGACAAGAACCAUGCAAGAAGUUCAGUUAGAUAAAAAUGUUAAACUGUUGGAUUGCCCUGGUGUUGUGAUGCUAAAAUCUGGAGAUAAUGAUGCUGCUGUUGCACUUAGAAAUUGUAAAAGAAUUGAGAAGCUGGAGGAUCCAGUUGGCCCAGUGAAGGAGAUUCUCAAGUUAUGCCCUGCACAAAUGUUGAUAACACUAUACAAAAUUCCUAGCUUCGAUUCGGUUGAUGACUUUCUUUUUAAGGUAGCUACCCUUAGAGGUAAGCUCAAAAAGGGAGGUAUCGUUGACAUCAAUGCUGCUGCUAGGAUCGUAUUGCAUGAUUGGAAUGAAGGUAAAAUUCCAUAUUACACAAUGCCUCCAAUUAGGAACGAAGGAGAGGUCAUGGAGGCAAGUAUCGUUUCUGAACUUGGGAAGGAGUUCAAUGUGGACGAAGUAUAUGGUACCGAUACUUCAAUUAUUGGCAGCCUAAAAUCUGUUGACGAUUUUAACUCUGUUACAGUCACGCUCGAUAACCGUGUUGCCUUUGAUGAGACAAUGUUCGAGAAUGAUAAACAACCACAAAACCCAAAACCGGUAGAAAGUAUCAACAACAGAGACGAAGAUGAAGCCAUGGCAGAAGAUGAUGUUUCAGGUGAGGCUAAGAUCAAGAAUUCAAGUAUAAGACAGAAUGAAAAGUUAUAUGCUGCCGAAGGUGUAUUAAAUACGAAGUUAAGGAAAGCAGAGAAGAAGAGAAGGAAAAAGGCAAACAAAUUAGCUUCCAUGGACGAAGUUCAGUCCAUGGAUGGUGAUUAUGACUCCAAGGCUGAUAAUGAUAAUAUUAAGAACGAUUCAGCUAUGGACGAUGCGGAGGGAGACGAUGAUAAUUCAUUUAAAGAUGUUAUGAACAACAGAUUUGCGUUGAUCGGUGAGGCCGAGUAAAAUUUUGCAAUCCCCCCCC